GACCAGUAUGAGGAGGGCCAGUUGGAGUUGGAACAGGCCUCCCUGGACAAGCCCAUAGAAUCGAAACCCACAGAAAAUGUCUUAAUUGGGAUAAAAUACAAGAAGAGUGUGCACACAUACUGGUACCGGGCAAGUGCCUUGACCCUUUGGCCCCCUGUUCUGGAACCAGAGCAAGAGCAUCUGAGCUGUUUUUCCACGAAGAGUCUUUUAUUCCAGUCGACGCUUAGCAAGUGGUGCUGGGACAGUGACAGCCAUCCCUGAGAGAGUGUGUGAGUGAGCGAGGAAGUGUGUGUGUCCUGCUCUUGUUUCUCCGCGCCCUUCUUCUGCCACUCAUUGUGUGUGAUCCGUAGGCAGCUAGAGGUCUGUGGUUUUUUAAAAUUGGGAUCUUUUUUCUUUGUCUCUCUCUUUCUUUUUCUCUCUCAUGCUUUUUGUCUCCCCUCUCCUCCUUCCCUCUUUUUAUCUUGCUCUUUCUCUCUCUUUGAUACUUUUUUUAGCCUUGCAUGUGUUAACUUGGUAGCAGUCAUUCUCUCUCUUUUUCUGUCUGACCAUAACCCUCCUUCCUUUUAUGUUUGUCCCUGAUACACUCCACAAACCUGGGAGAUGUGCACUGGGCAGCUACGAAGCCAGGGUUUAAAAGCCAGGAUAACAUUGGUCAUCGACUACUACAGAAACAUGGCUGGAAGCUGGGACAAGGCCUUGGCAAAACCAUGCAGGGUAAGGUUUGUAGGAACCCCCCCCUCCCCCCUUUUGUGUGUCUGUAAAUGUGUAUGUGUGCGCGCGCGUGUAUCUUCUUCUUUUGCAAAAUGAGGAUGAAAUAACUCUCCCCCCCUUUUACAGUGUAGCCUAACGGCCUCUCUUAGUUCCCUCCUGUAAGCUUACAAUCACUAAACUUUCUCUGCUCAGAAUUACCAGCGCUACGAUUCAAAACUCACUCCAGAAUGAAAUCAGUAAACCUGUAGCUCCAUGUGUAGAAACCAAUGACCGUUUCCUUGAUUUUGUUCAGGAUUUAUCUGUGAUAGAAUAGCUACUUUCAUGUCAGUGUAUUUCUGGCUGCGAUGGGGGGUUGUUUUGAUUGGCUGUGAACAUAAGAUUGGGUUUUCUGAUUGGCUUUGAACAUGUCUCUGCCUCCCCCCCCCACUCCCGAUAAUUCUUUUGAAUGGCUUGCAGAAUGAGCCUGAAUCUCCGCCCAUUUCCACCCCUCUUCCUCCGCCUCUCAGUCGAUCUGUCUGCCUGUGUCCACUUUUGUGAAGUGACCGUACACGUGGUAAUGUGGGUGUGGGAUUUUGCGUGUGUGUUGUGUGCGAGUGUUUGUGUGUGUAUGUGUCACUGGUGAGGGAGUGGGGGCUCAGGUGUUUUGGCUUGCAGGGAAAACUCUCACAUCAUCCCACCUGCAUCCCCCACUCCCCUCUUUUAUAUGAUACAAAUACUCAAAAGCAAUGCCCUGCCCAUCUCUUCUCCCCUUUCCUGCAAAGCAUGCUGGUCAUAUAGAACUAGAACUAGUAAAUCUUGAGUUUUAAGCAGUGCAGCGGUUGAGUGAAGUGACAGUCACAAUCAGUGAAAACUGGAUGGAUAGAUAGAUUGAUACAUAAAUAGAUGGAUAGACAGACAGAGAAAUGGUUAAACACAUUAGGGAUGGGCAUUUCUAAAGAUUUUAUGAUCAAGUGCUUGCAGAAAAUUUAAAAAAGUAAUGAAUUACAUAAAAAUGAAAAAGGGAAAUUAUGAUUCAUCCAUCUAAAUUUUAUAGCCAACUGUGUUUUACCCUGUUUUGACAAUAUCCUGCCCUUCCUAUCAAAGUGGGUGGUUCUUGAGUGAUGCAACCUACCAGACUCUCUGUCAGUUGUUGCCUAUGAACACUGCAAUGCCAUGGAUUCAGUUAUGAGAUUGUUUCUGUUUGGUCAAAGUUUGAAUAAUUUAAGUAGUAUAGUAGUAGUAUAGUAGUAUUACUUGCGCUGGUCUGUAUGAUUUAGUACUUGUUACUCUAUUUAGUACUGGAAAGCUUGUUCAAAAUAAUAAUUUGUUUAGUUGAAUACAUUAUAAAUUAUUGCCAGUCAUUGUGGUUAAUUAUGAAACAUAAAUAUUGUUGUUAUUACCUGUACAAGGCUGUUUAGGCCAGCCCUAUAUUUUACUGGUUGAACAAGUAGCUUCGUAAUUAGUGCUCUAUUAGUCGACUACUUAUGCCCAUCCCUAAAACAGAUGUGCUUUAUUGAUUCCCAGAAUCAAAUUAUAUUUAAAUUAUAUUUUGAAUUGGCCCACUCUGUCUAGUGCAGGGCUGAAGGUUAAAGAGCCUCAAUGCGCUGCUAAAAACUCAAUCGCCAUGUUAUGUUUCUCACAUCUCCUUCUGCUGUAUAGGGAUGCAGCACGCAUAAACAAUGACCACUGCCUCCCAAUCACACUCACCCACAGACCUGGACCUGCAUGGUGGAUGGGGAAAGGGGGGGAAGCAGAGAGGGCAGUGGUCUGCAUUUGUUUGGUCAUUUUAUCUAAGGAUUUGCUUUGAAAAUAAAAGAAAAUACAAAUCGGCAUCAGAACAGCAGAACAGGUGUUAAUGCGAGAAAGAAAAGCAUGGGUUAUGGAGGACUGUAGCGAACAUUAUAUUCAUACAAUCACACUCGUAGUCAUGUAAUGAGAAAACCAAGUAAUCUUAAACAACAUAUGUUUGGUGAUUCUUAUUGUACGAAGCAAGUUGUGUUAAAAAAAAAGUCCAAUUUGUUGAGUUUAGAGAAUCAGAAUUAAAAAACCUGCUCGAUUUUUUGGACAUCAGGAGCAUUUAGAGUUGCUCUUUCAUGUUUUAAGGUGGAGAAGGAUGGCAGGAAAGCAGGGGAUGGUGAGAGGGAUAUCCCUGGAAUCACCCAAAACCCAGAGUGGACGCACCGACCCUGUGCCCAUCAUCCUCAAAUAUGACGUUAUGGGGAUGGGACGCAUGGAGAUGGAGCUGGACUAUGCAGAAGAUGCAACAGAGAAGCGUCGAGUGUUGGAAGUGGAGAAAGAAGACACAGAGGAAUUGCGACAGAAGUACAAGGAUUAUGCUGAGAAGGAGAAAGCCAUCGCCAAGGCUUUGGAAGACCUGAGAGCUAAUUUCUAUUGUGAGCUGUGUGAUAAGCAGUAUCAGAAACACCAGGAGUUUGACAAUCACAUCAACUCCUAUGAUCAUGCACAUAAACAGAGGCUGAAAGAGCUGAAGCAGAGGGAAUUUGCACGAAAUGUGUCUUCACGUUCCCGUAAGGAUGGGAAGAAGCAGGAGAAAAUGCUGCGGCGUCUACAUGAGCUAGCUGAGCAGAGGAAACAGCAAGACUGCGUUUCUGGUAGUGGGCCUAUGUUCAAGCAGACAACAGUGGCAGUCGAUGGAGAUAAGGGUGAUGACGGUGGCUUCUCAAAUGUAGAUGGUGUUCCUAUGACCACAGACUGUACCACAGAGGGAUCAUCAGGGGAGGAUAAGGGAAACUCUGGCUUUUGUGGUCAGAGCUCACCGAGACCUGGCCCAGCCAUAAGUUUCUCCCUUCGUAAGAACACAUCCUCUCCAACACCGAGUGGAGGGACCCAGGCUGCUAAAGUCAGUGUUUCCUUCUCUUUCGCCAAGAAAGCACCAGUAAAACUGGAGACAGCUGCUGCUGUGUUUGCAGACCAAGGAGAAGAAGCAAUGGAAGAAGAAGAAGGACAGGAAGAAGGAGCAGAGAAAGCUGCAGGGGAGGAAGGAGGUACAGCAUCCUGCACUGAUAGUCCACAAGCUACAGCAGGAGGCACAGGUGGAGGAGAAGAAGAACAGCCACAGGGUGAUGAUGGAGGAACACUGGCCUCCACCCUUAACAAACUAAAGAUGAUGAUGAAAAAGGAGGAAGGUUACUCUGGACAAGAGCCACAGUAUUAUCACUAUGUUCCUCCUGCACACUGUCGGGUCAAGCCCCAUUUCCAGUUCCUACUCUUCAUGAAGGCCUCAGACCAGUGUGGCAGCCGAGAGGAGGACGAAGAGGCGGAAGAAGAGAAAACAUCAUCAACAGAAGGAGAUGCGGGACAAAAACAGGCUAAAGACAACGUCUCCAAAACAGAGAAGGACGCAGGGAAAGAAGCAGAGAAAGAGGCUACAAAGAGGCAGUGUACAGAUCCUAUUUCAUCUCCCAAAGUAAAGACUGAAGAAGGAUCAGAUAGCACCCCAGCAGUAGAGGGGAGUGUGGAUCCUUCAACUACUACUUCCCAAACAACAGAAGCUAAACAAGGGGCAUCUGAACCUCAAGACACUGGACCCCGCAUACCAACGGGGCCCUUCUUUCCUGUUUUAAGUAAAGAUGAAAGCACUACUUUACAGUGGCCCUCUGAGCUCUUAGAGUUUACCAAGGCCCAGCCUUCCCUCUCCUACAGUUGUAACCCUCUUUACUUUGACUUUAAGCUGUCCCGGAACAAAGGCAACCGAGGAGGUAAAGCCAACAAACCUGCCAAGCCAGCUAACGCUAGUGGAGAUAACGGAGAGGGAUCCAAGACCGAAGGCACCAUCAGCACUGCUGGCACAAGUGGAGAGACUAGCCAAGCAGUAACACCACCCAAUACCAGCACUGACAAAAAAGAAGAAUCCUUAAAAGAAAAGAUUGCAGAGGGUGACAACAAAGACAAGAACAAAGACAAGUUGGAGAGCACUGAAGAUGGAGCUGGGGGCUCCAAGAAAAAGAAAAAGAAGAAGAAACACAAGAAGUCAAGCAAGCGUUCCAAGCGCAAAGAAAAAGAGAAAACAGCUGCAGAGGGAGAGAUGGAGACAGAGACACAAGGAGAAAAGACCAAAAAGAAAAAGAAACACAAACGAAAGAAAAGCAAAAAUAAACCACAUGCUGAGGAAGACGAAGAUGAAAAGGCACAAGAAGGUAAAGAACAGAAAGGCAAAGACAAAGAUGACAAGGGUGGGGUCAGUUCCUCUGCACAGACUACAGGAGGAGGAGGAGGUGGGAGUUCGGCUUCAGAGGGAGCAAAGAGAAAACGACCCCAUAAAGAAGUGUCUCAAAAAUCAGGGACUGAGGAGGGCAGUGCAGGCAAGUCCAACUCUUCAGAAGAGCACAAUGGUACGAAACGUCUCAAAGCUGACCCUAGUGCUGCGUCCUGUUCUGCUUCUGCUCAGAAAAGUCCAGGGGGAGGUCGACCUCCCAGCAGCGAGAGUGAAGAAGAUGGUGGCUCUUCAUCUCAGCGCUCCCGCCCUCCUCAUCGGCGGUCUACACCUUCACGUGAACAGAGGCGUCACCGCAGCGAGGACUCGGGACGGUCAGGUCGCUCACGUAGCCGUUCAUCUCGCCGAGGAGACCGCAAUCAUAGACGCAACAGAGGUCAGACGUCUCGUAGUCAGUCAUAUACAAGCAGCUCAGAGCGUUCCUCAGCAGGCAGUAGUGCGUACAGUUGGCACAGCCACAGCUACUCUGACAGCUACAGUGACUACAGUGAUGGAGAACGUCACCGCAGGUCAAAAAGGCGCUCUUCGGACUCAGAGUAUGAAAGAAGAAGUGGUGGACGGUCACACAGGAGACACUACUCAUCCUCUUCUUCGGAAGAAGACUCUCGAUCACGUUCGCGCUCUCACAGCCGGAGGAAGCACCACCGGCGGAGGCGCCAUCGCAGUAGUAGCCGCAGUUCAAGUCGCAGCAGCCGGAGCAGCAGUGCUCGCUCAUACAGACGCAGCAGCUACAGUCGCAGUCGCAGCUCUGCCAGUCGCUCAUCCAGCUCCCCGCACCGCCGCAGCCGUAGCCGACGGGCAGACAGCUCCACGCACCGACGUGACUUUAACCGCUCCAUCAUAUAUCGCUCACAGUCUCCAAGGUCCUCGUCGUCCCGGUCGCAGGCACGGAACAGCAGUUCCUCAACACAAGCAACCAAAGGAAGCGGGGGAGGUGGAGGAUUGAGGGAAGGUGGAGGUGCUUCAGAGCAUCGGAACUCAUUUACAGCCCGCCAGCUUCUUGAAAAAGUCCAGUCUCGCAAGGGUGGUGAAGACGGUGGAACUGUAAGUAAACCGGGCAUCAAAAUCAAGGACCCUCCGCAGGGCUACUUUGGGCCCAAGCUUCCCCCAGCUCUUGGAAACAAGGGCAUAUUACCCCUUUUUGGUAAGCUCCAGGCAGGGAAGAAACCUUCUUUACUUCCCUUAAUGCGGACAGACGAUGGGGAAAAGUCAGGGCAGGGAAAGGGUUCUGAUUCCAGUGGUGAGGUAAUCCUGGUGGAGCCCAUUCGUGAGUUUCCUCCACCACCCCCACCACCUCCUCCACCACCCCAGCAGCAGCAGCAACAGCAGCAGCAACAGCAGCAGCAACAACAACAGACGGAGGAACCCAUCUCAAAUGCAGUCUCAGAUGAGACCAGAAACCAAAUCUCAGAACCUCAAGUGCUCCAUGAGCAAAGGCCAGUAUUUGAGCAAGAUCCGGGUAACAUUAUGCCUGCUUAUCAAGGUGAGCCAGGACAGGACCCCAACAACCAAAUCAUGGACGGACGUCUAAUGGGACCUGACAUGGGCCAGCAAGCACCCAUGCAUGCUUAUCCAGGCUAUCCUAUGUCCAAUAUGGAAGAGGAGAACAUGGGAAUGGAGGCUGAAGAGGAUGGCUUGGCACCAUUGGAGAGCCAACCAAUCACUUUUACCCCAGAGGAGAUGGAGAAAUACAGCAAGCUACAACAAGCAGCACAGCAGCACAUCCAGCAACAGCUUCUGGCAAAGCAGGUGAAGACCUUUCCCUCAGCUGCUGCAGCUGCAGCCGCAGCCAACUUGGCAGCUGCUGCCAAUCUCGCCCCUGCACCUCCUCCUCCGCCUGCUGCUCUGCAACCAAUUCAUAUCCAGCAGCCCACUGUGUCGGCAGCAUCAGCCACUUCCAUUACCACAGUGCAGCAUGCCAUCCUGCAGCACCAUGCAGCCGCCACAGCAAUGGGCAUCCACCCUCACACCCCACAUCAUCCUCAUCCUGCUCAUGCUCAGCUAGCCCAGGUACAUAUACCCCAACACCACCUGACCCCCAUAUCCUUAUCUCCUCUGGGCCACACAUUAGGUCACUCUUUGGGUCACUCUUUGGGACACACUGGCCUGAUCCCAGCCCACCCUUCUGCCUUUCUCUCUGGGCAGCCUAUACAUAUAAUACCAGCUUCUGCGCUCCACCAUGCCCCAUUAGCUCUGCACCAUGUCCCUCACGCAGCCCUUUACCCCACUCUCUUCGCUCCUCGGCCAGCAACAGCAGCUGCUGCAGCUGCCUUGCAGCUCCAUCCCCUACUUCACCCCAUCUUCUCAGGCCAGGACCUUCAGCAUCCCCCAAGCCAUGGCUCUUGAGAUACUUUGCAAAAAGAAUGAAGUCCCUGCAGUCUAAAAGGAGGGUGAGGGGUAGAUUUUUUUUUUUUUCUGGAUGACAUACUCCAGACUACCAGUCAACCUCUCUUUCCUUUUACUGUGUUAAAGAGAGAACAUCAGUCCAAUUGACAAAGUGGAAAACCUCCUUAGACUGAAAAAAAUCUGGAAAUUCACUAUUAUUUGUGUGUUUGGUAAAAGCAGAGAAGCUGCAUGAAGAACGCUUUUGAACCCAGGCAGUUUCCUGAGGGAUGUGAGCAAGAGAUUUAGCUCACAAGUGAGAUCUUCACAUUUGUUAAGAAUUUUUGUUGUUUCCUAUGGUGAUUGUUGCUGAUCUCAUUUUUCCCGUGCAGCCAAAGAGACUCAAUGGCUGAAGCCAUAGGCUGGGGGUGUGAUCAGUGCUAUGGUCCUAUAGUAUGCAGAGAGGGUGAUUCCUUGGAAACUCACUUUGUGUAAGGGUGUUGGGAUGUCCGUGUCAAGAUAAACUAUUGUAAAUUGCAGAAAUUGUGUGUCCUUUUAUGAAGAGCUGGUCAUGGAAAUAAAAUGAUUACUUGGCUGCAGCCAUAAUAAAAUGUUACCUGGGCAAUUCCAGUGCAGGCCAGUGAUCAAGAGUUAUCUCAAAAUACUUUAUCCUCUGAGUAACAAAAACAGGAACAUUUAAAUAAUGUGGAAUGGAUUGAAGCCAUAUUUGUCAUACUAAAUGCAUUGUUUUCAAUGGUUUGUCGUAAAUCAGUAAUAUGAAGUAAAAACUAAAGCGCUUCACAAAAUGUUGACGUCACAGAAAGUUACACUGUUUUGGGGUACCCCCACCUUGUCAAGGACUUGACUUGCACUGAAAAAAUUGUACAUCAGGAUGCUGCUUUUGCAUCAUGUAAGGACUGUAUGAUUGUAGUAUUCUGCAAUAAUUUUAUUUUCUGUUUGAUUUUAAAUUAUUUUCCAGUAUUUUUUUUUUUUUGCUGAGUUUUCCCCCUUGUAUAAUUAGUCUUUUGUAAAUAGUCAUCAUAGACAAAAGCGUAUUGUAAAAUAAUACACCUUUGUAACUGUUAAAAAAAAUUACUACACAAAAAGGACACAGUGAAAUAACAAACACAGAGCAGACAAAUGGAUUAAUAAAUAAUUUGGUCAGGGUUGGUACUACAGAGGGCUAUCCUGCUGUAACUGGGGUGGUCCGGGGAUGGGGUCUGUACUGACAGGGGAUUUACAAGUGUUGUUAAGUCACCUUUGGAAACAGAUCAGACUGUAAAUGGCAGCAGUGGUAUUUAGUUUUUUUUAUUCUUUAUCGAUGCGUCAGAAAAUAAAGCGUUUUGAGAUGUAAAUGAC